AUGGGAAUACUAGAAAAGAUAGCUCAGAUACAAGAAGAGCUUUCACGUACUCAAAAAAAUAAGGCCACAGAGUAUCACAUUGGUCUUUUAAAGGGUAAGUUAGCACGGUAUCGUAGAGAGUUAUUGGAACCACAACCAGGACAAGGUUCAUCGGGAGGUGGCCAAGGGUUUGAAGUUGCCAAAGCAGGAGAUGCUCGUGUAUCGUUAAUUGGGUUUCCGUCAGUGGGUAAAUCUUCCUUUUUAUCUAAGGUCACCAACACUAAAUCUGAGGCAGCCAAUUACGAAUUCACAACCUUGACAUCUGUCGGGGGUAUAUUGGAGUACAAUGGAGCUGAGGUGCAAAUUGUUGAUUUACCCGGUAUCAUAAAAGCUGCAUCGCAAGGUAAAGGUAGAGGACGUCAAGUGAUUGCGGUGUCUAGGACUUCAGACUUGAUUUUGAUGGUCUUAGAUGCCACCAAAAGUGAAGAUCAACGACAAAUAUUGGAAAAUGAAUUAGAGUCAAUGGGCAUCAGAUUGAACAAGACUAAGCCAAAUGUUACCAUCACCUUGAAAAAGACUGGUGGGGUCAAGAUGAACUCGAUUAUUCCACCAAAGCAUCUUGAUGAAAAGAUUGUGACUGCUUUACUAAAAGAUUACAAGAUCUUGAAUGCACAUGUUUUGAUUAGGGAUGAAAAUGUAACAAUUGAUGAUUUUAUUGAUGUUAUCAAUGAGCAACAUGUCACUUAUAUCAAGUGUCUUUAUGUAUAUAACAAGAUUGAUGCUGUCAGUUUAGAGGAAUGCGAUAGAUUGGCUAGGGAACCAAAUACGGUGGUAAUGUCAUGCGAAUUAGAUUUGGGUAUUGAUGAUUUAAAAGAAGAGAUAUGGCGUCAAUUGGAUUUAUUGAGAUUGUUUACCAAACGAAGAGGUAUUUUACCCAAUCUUGAUGAACCCAUGGUGGUGAGGAAUAAGAGUACAAUUUUAGAAGUAUGUGAUUCAGUUCAUCGAGAUAUGAAGAACCAGUUUAAAUAUGCUUUGGUUUGGGGCUCUAGUGCUAAACAUUCGCCUCAGAAAUGUGGCUUGAAUCAUCCUGUUCAUGAUGAAGAUGUAGUUCAAAUAGUGACCAAGUAA